AUGUUCCAUGCCUUGCUUCGAACACACCACAUCACUUCGAGGAAGAAAGUGGCUCGGCUGAAGGCUGCGGCAAAGACAUACCAAUGUUUUGCCCUUUUGCGCUCAGGUGGUAUUCCAGGGGUGAUGUAUGUCUGUGGAGAGCAUAAGCCCAACGUCCAGGGCUGGGUCGACACAGUGCAUCAUCUCAGGUACAAGGACUACCAACUUGCAGCACCUGUCGAGGCCAUGGACGAGACCAUAGGCAAGAUUGAGCCCUCUUUUGCAUGCCAACUAGGCCUACUGAGAGAAGUCGACACGGUCAAGGCAAUGGCUGCGAUGAUGGAGCAGGCAGGCCAGCGACAGUGGUGGCGAAACGCAAUGGGAUUUUCCAACGACAAGCAAUAA